GUUCCAGGGACUUGGCGUUGGAUGCUUGGACUUGCAGCUACACCGGCUCUUAUUCAAUUGGUUCUCAUGAUAUUUCUCCCCGAGUCUCCUAGAUGGCUCUACCAUAAGAAUAGGAAGGAGGAAGCUACCACUGUGCUUUCCAAAAUUUACCCAUCACCUCGGUUGGAGGACGAAAUAGCAAUUCUUGAAGAUCACUUGGAGCAAGAAAGCAAGAACAAGGUCAAGGUUAAAUUUAGUGAUGUGUUCAAAUUGAAAGAAAUCAGAUUAGCAUUCAUCUGUGGAGCUGGACUUCAAGCAUUCCAACAAUUUGUUGGAAUUAGCGUUAUAAUGUACUAUAGUCCAAUAAUAAUCCAGAUGGCGGGCUUCAAGUCCAAUGAAUCAGCAUUGUUCUUGUCACUUGUUGUUUCAGCCUUAAAUGCCGCUGGCACAAUUUUGGGCAUUUACCUAAUUGACAUCGCUGGGAGGAAAAAGCUUGUUAUUGGAAGCUUGUCGGGUGUGGUUGGAGCCUUGAUCCUCCUCUCUGUGUCUUGUAUUAUUAUAGGAAAUGGGAACAAAAGACAAGUUUUUGGAUGGCUUGCUAUUGCAGGUUUGGGUGUGUAUAUUUUAUUCUUUGCACCUGGAAUGGGACCUGUUCCUUGGACUAUGAACUCAGAGAUAUACCCUGAAGAGUAUAGAGGGUUAUGUGCUGGCAUGUCAGCCACAGUAAAUUGGAUUAGCAGUGUGAUAAUGUCAACUAGCUUCCUUUCAAUGGCGGAAGGAAUUGGACUUGGCCAAAGUUUCUUGAUUCUUUUGGGAGUAGCUGUUCUUGCAAUAGUAUUCGUAAUCAUUUAUAUGCCAGAAACAAAAGGAUUAACUUUUGAAGAAGUAGCAGACAUUUGGAACCAAAGAGCCUACGGAAAGGAUAAAAAUAUAGAAAGCAUCGUUGAGAAAGCAAGUGCAUGA